AUGACCACCCAGCACCGGCAGCAGGGCAGCGUGGCAGAGGUGCGGCGUGUGGUGGCGCUGCAGACUGACGCCUUCCACACCGCGGCGCCGGUUGCCAUGUUCGAUGGCAUGGCCAAGCGCUUCUUCGAGGCGGAGGUGCUGUCAGAGAUGCUGAAGAAGCUCAAGUUCAACCCGGACGACAUGUUUGUGUCGCUGGUCAUUGAGCUGGCAGCACCUAGUAGCGAAGGGAGCAGCGCGAGAGAUGUAUUGAGCCCAAUUGGGGUGGUAGAGAUUUCCUAUAUUGCGCAACGGGAGACGCUGGCGCUUCUGGAUCCCGGCACCGAGGGGUACUGCUACAUUGCCAGCAUGGUGGUGGCGCCCACCUGGCGGCGGCGCGGCGCGGCGGCAGCGCUUCUGGCGGCAGCCGAAGCGGCAGCGGCGGCUUGGAACGAGCGGCAGGCACUGCUGCAUGUGUACCAGGACAAUGAGCCUGCGGUGCAGCUGUACCGCAAGGCAGGCUAUGAGGUGAUACACCAGCAGAACAAACUGUGGGCCACGCUGGGGGUGCGGCCGCGGUUCCUGAUGCGCAAGCGCUGGUGA